CCUUCUCGCGGCGCUGGAGGGACCAUGGCCGAACCUCGCGUGAGACAGAUCAAGAUCAAGACUGGCGUGGUGAAGCGGUUGGUCAAAGAAAAAGUGAUGUAUGAAAAAGAGGCAAAACAACAGGACGAAAAGAUUGAAAAAAUGAGAGCUGAAGAUGGUGAAAAUUAUGACAUUAAAAAACAGGUCGAGAUCCUACAAGAAUCCCGGAUGAUGAUUCCAGAUUGCCAGCGCAGGUUGGAAGCCGCAUAUUUGGAUCUUCAACAGAUAUUAGAAUGUGAAAAAGACUUGGAAGAAACUGAGGAAUGUAGAGAAGCACGUUUAGUACUGGAAUCAGUGAAGUUAGAAGCCUGA